AGAGCUGCCGCCACGAACAAAAAUUAAUUCAGUGAUGAACAUCGUUGCCUUGAGCAAACGUCUAUACUCGUCUAGAUUCCACGAUCUUCGUUCUCUCAACGAUGCGCUCUCAAAAACUGUUUUCACCUCCGGUCCUCCGAUCCUCGGACGAUCCUUUCACAACCUCCGCAAGGCUGGGAGCUUCUUCGUUGUCCCACGUGUCUUGUUCGUGUCGCGAAACCUGUCGACGAAUGUUUCUUCUUCGAAACAACCUGCGUUUCUACGAUGGUAUUUGAGAAAGCUGGAGUCGCAUCCUUUCGUGACUAAGAGCGUCACCACUUCCCUCAUUUAUAUGGCUGCCGAUCUCACUUCUCAGAUGAUUACGAUGCAGCCAUCUGGUUCUUAUGACCUGAUAAGAACAGCCAGAAUGGCUAGCUUUGGGUUGGUAUUUCUCGGGCCAUCACAGCAUCUUUGGUUCAGUUAUCUUUCUAGGAUACUGCCAAACCGCGAUGUGCUUACAACUUUUAAGAAAAUAAUGAUGGGGCAGGCUCUUUUCGGACCUUUUAGCAACACGGUCUUCUAUUCCUAUAAUGCUGCUUUACAAGGUGAAAACUCUGAGGAGAUUCUGGCGAGAUUGAAGCGAGAUCUUCUGCCAACAUUGAGAAAUGGACUUAUGUAUUGGCCACUUUGUGAUUUUGUGACAUUCAAGUAUGUGCCUGUUCAUCUACAGCCACUGAUGAAUAGCUCAUGCGCAUACAUAUGGACGAUAUAUUUGACUUAUAUGGCAAACCAGACCAAAGCUGAAAGCUGAACGGUGACAAGAAUGACUGUUCUUGACCAUGAACAAUCUCAUUCUCUUUAUUUUAUUUUAUUGAACUAUAUGAACCAAUCAUCAGAUAUUAGUACAAGUAUAAUUGGCUUUUCUUUUUGGAUGUCUAAAAUGGCCAAAUGUUUUUCUUCUUGACCAAGCAAAUAUAAAAUAUUCAUCAUGUUUUAUGGUGAAGACUUGUGACACUC